AUGCAACGCAAAGAUGAGAUACUGGCUAAAAAAGCCAAGCUAGCAGAGCUCCGACGGCAGCGUGAGGAAAGGGAACAUCGCCAGAAGGAGGGAAAGCGAGACUCACUUCUUGACGAUGGGUCCAGCAUCAAAGUCCCUACUCCGCGGCGCUCUACAGACCGUCAAGAGCUUGACAGCUUUAUUGAGACUCUUGUGGGGGAGAGACCUGGCUCGAGAGGUCCUGGCACAGGAACAACGUCGCCUGCAGUGAAGAAGAGUCGACCAAGUUCUACAUUAGGCACUGUGCAAGUCGGAUCCGAAACAUAUGAACAAGCACAAGCCAGUUCAUCUAAGUUCAAUUACACUACAGCUUCAACGCAAACGCGAGAUGUUGCCACUGGUCAAGAAAAUCAAAGCACGAUACCAGUUCCAACAAAACCGAACAUCGAGAUCUACCAUAAAGCUGUUCAAACAAGCGGAGAGUGGUAUGCACAGGACCAGCGGCCACCUUCAAGUGCGGACUCCACUACAGAUGAUCAAAGAUCCUCUACACAACCAUUGCAGAAACUUAGAAGGCUCAGCAGGAGACAGAAGGAGAGGGAGGAAGAAUUACGGCAUAAUUUGAGGGCUGAAAUAGAAGAAGAACUUAAAGCUGCAAGAGACCUUAGCCUGGAUGGUCAAACCCUCUCAGCCCCUUCCAAGUUUCCAGCGCGAGCUCUCACUAAUGAAGAAUUGAGUGCUGUGACUUCCUCGAACGAGUUUUUGGACUUUGUCGAGAGGUCGAGCAAAGUCAUUGAGAAGGCUUUGGAUCAGGACUACGAUGUUUUGGCUGACUAUGCUCUUGAUGGCGUCGAAGCUGUUGAUGAAGACGAUAACGAGGGGUAUGGCACCACUAGAGGCGGGAAAAGCAGACGAAUACGCCAGGUAGCCCAGUUCUGGGAUGAGAAAGGGAGCAAGAAGAGAAUGACUAGCGAUUUGAGCUUCUCUCCAAAGUUUCCCGAGCUACUACUCGCUGCGUACACGAAGAACCCUUCUACGCCGCAGGAGCCAUCUGGCCUCCUUCAAGUAUGGAACAUGCAUCUGCAUUCGCGCCCUGAAUACACCUUCCAAAACACCUCGGAUAUUCUUACGGCGCAAUUCUCGCCCUUCCACCCGUCUCUCAUCAUUGGCGGGUCGUACACGGGCCAAGUUCUUCUUUGGGAUACCCGUUCUCGAAAUCGCUUACCUGUUCAAAAGACUCCACUUACCGGGGCCUCAAGCGGCGGUCAUACUCACCCGAUAUAUUCUAUCUCCAUCGUGGGCACUCAGAAUGCCAAUAACAUCAUUUCAUGCUCUACUGAUGGCGUGGUAUGUGGCUGGACUACUGAUAUGCUAACGGUACCACAAGAAUAUCUUGAAUUGACAACGCCACCACCGAGUAAGACGGAGGAUCUCAGCCCGACUUGCAUGUCAUUUCCCAUUUCUGAUCCAACGUCGUUUCUUGUUGGUACGGAAGAGGGUACGAUAUAUCCUUGUCAUCGAUACGAUCGCGCUGGUGCGAAGGCUGGAGUUGACCAGCGGUUGAGAUACCAAGCACACACUGCACCUGUGAUGAGCCUGAAUUUUCAUCCUGCUCGUGGUCCAGUCGAUUUAGGAGAUCUAGUACUAUCAAGUGCACUUGACUGGACCGUAAAAAUCUGGAAGACUAAGCCAGCGUCGUCAACAUCAGUCACGGCAGCACCUGCACCUGCUUACAACAACCCCACAGCCAACAAGGAGCAAAUUGUAGAGCCACUCAUAGAUCUCUCGAGAGACGAUAUCGUAUAUGAUGCUCGAUGGUCACCCCACAAGCCAGGUGUCUUCUCGGUCGUCGAUGGUGCCGGAAAUGUGGAGGUCUGGGAUCUCACCAUUGAUACAGAGGUUCCCAUCUCCAAGGCUACUCCGCAGAUUGAUCGUGAUGUUCAUGGUAACUUCGUUGCGAAGAGCUUGAAUAAGGUUGUUUGGGAAGAGAAAGAGGGGAAAAGAUUAGCGGUGGGGGGUGCUGCGGGGAUAGUUUCAGUGUUCGAGGUAGGUAGCGAUUUGGCUGGAGAAAGCGUGAAGAAUGAUGAAUGGGCAAGGACGAAGAGACUGAUGGCCAGACUCGAAGCUGGAAGAUGA